AAGUCGGUAGUUUUUCAAUAGAAAGUGGUCUCCCGUGGACUUCACCGGUCCUUUACAAUAGGCAUGUGCCGCUUGGGAUAAAGACUUGAAGGACAUAAGACUGGAGCUGAGACGCAGGGACAAUCGAAGUGUUGCCAGUAAUUUAUUGAAGUUGCGCAGCGCGAGUUGCUGUGUUCAGCCUCGCUAACUGUUAACAGUUGGUAACCCAGUCGUCUCAGUUUUGUCAGUUACACGGGACAAAUGCUUCUGCAUCCAUUUGUGAACGGCGCGCAUGAAGUUAUGCAUCCAACCGCAAUUCAGAAAGACACUACCUUCACGAAGAUCUUUGUUGGUGGUUUGCCUUACCACACCAACGAUGCCUCCCUCAGAAAGUAUUUCGAGGCUUACGGCGACAUUGAUGAGGCUGUGGUGAUAACGGACCGGCAGACUGGCAAAUCCAGAGGAUACGGCUUUGUGACCAUGACUGACAGGGGGGCGGCAGAUCGCGCCUGCAAAGAUCCCAACCCCAUCAUUGAUGGGAGAAAGGCCAAUGUUAAUCUCGCCUACCUCGGAGCCAAGCCCCGCAGUAUGCAGACAGGAAUCUCUAUUGGUGUGCAGCAAGUUCACCCUGCACUGCUCCAGAGGCAGUAUGGACUGGCCCAGCACUAUGUGUACCCUCAGGCCUACAUGCAGCCCAACCUCGUGCUCCCCUCCCAGGUGGCAUCCACCAUGAACCCCCAGUAUCUGGACUACAGCGCGGCCUACGCCCAGUACGCCGCGGCCGCCGCCUACGAGCAGUACCCUUACUCUGCUUCGCCGGGCUUUGUGGGGUACACCUACGCCACCAGCCCCACCUCCUCGGCCUCCACUGCCGCAGCCCCCACCCCCGGCGCACUCCACCAGAGCCUGCCGGCCACGGCCUCCCAGGCUCCCCCCACCUUCAUCCAGUAUGCCCCCCAGCAACACGUGCAGCCAGACCGCAUGCAGUGAGCGCCGGACCACAACCCCCACACACUGGCCCACAGGGAGGUGGGGAGACGGAGAGGGUUGUCUCCGGGGCGCAGGGCUGUGUUGUAGGAUGGACGUUUGCACUAUAACAUCAGGAUGGAGCCCGGGAGAGGGGGAGAUGGUUACCAUGGUUACCAUAGGCCACAGCACCACAUGGUCUUUUUCAGAAGGGCUUCCACAAAAAAAAAAAAAAAAAAAAAAACUCACUUUUUUUUUUUCAUUGCUAUAAUUAUUAUUAUUAUUAUUAUCAUUAUUAGUAUGUUGUUAUUCGAAUUAUCAUUGUUGUCAAGGUAAUCUUUAUUGUAUUAAUGUCUAUAUAUGUUUAGUGUCAAAUGUCAAAAUUUCAAUUUUCUUUUUUUAAUGUAAUUUUCAAUCAAUGUGAACCUCACAUUCGUGUUGUUGGAUGAGAAUGGAGGCAGGGUUGGCUGUCUGGUGCAGCUGAGCUCCAGCAAGGAUCCUCAGACUCAUGUGACACUCCCCGUCCCCGCAAAGUCGUGGCCACGUAAUUUGCGGGAUAGAGGGUGGGGAGGGAAAGGGAGAAAGAACAGGUGUUGGGUGUGCUGAACUCGAAAGUUGCACCUCAAGCCCUCAUCCAUUGUACAAGAGUGAGGCGCUGCUCUCCGAACACCCACGUGAAUACUGUUUGGACAAAACAAGAACACUCUUAAUUUUCUUCCCCCACCCACCGCGCCCUCUCUUUCUCUUCCCCGAUCCUGCUUAUUCUUCGUCUCUGUCUCUCCUCCCACCCUCUGAGAUUUUACUGAGGACAACACAACUAUAUGGAGACUUCUAGAAUAAGAACUUGAUGUUGAGUAUACAGACACCAGACUGACUACCUUUUUUUAACAUAAAGCGGCCUUAAAAAUGAAACUCCUUUAAAACUUUUUUUUUUCCCCCUUCCUUUUUUAAAUGCUUAUUUUAAACAAGGUUACUCCUUUUCUCACUAACCUAAUAUUUAUGUUAGAACACACUCGUCCCCUCAGUCUUUUUGAUGUAUUCUGAGUGGAUGUAGAUGAUCUCAGUACGAUCUGAACACAGGGAUUACGGGUGAAGGCUCAGGAGCAUUUGGGAUUAACAUGUAAAGGUAGCUGACACUGAGAUGCCUGUGUGUUUUGUAAAACUGUUAAUCCAAAAUGAUUGUGAACUUUUUUUCUUUUCUUGAAAAGGACAUUCGUGUACAGCAUUGUCAAGUUGCCACAUGUAAGUGCAUUUGCAGUAUUUAUGUUUAUUUAAGGAACAACCUGUGGGUUUUUUUUUUCUUCUUUUUUUUUUUUUUUUUAAUAAUCUAAACUUCUCAGCAGGUGCAUAGACUGCAGUAAAUGUUGCCUCCAUUUAAGGCGCAUGAGUGUAUAUCCAGAUCAAUGGACCCCCCCCCUUCUCACAUCCUUUUCAAGUUAAAAAUAUUUUUUUCAAAUUCCGUCGCACCUUUUUUUGAAAUUUUGUACACUUGCUUUUUCUUGAGUCUACUGAUUUGCAUGUAUGCCCAAGCAGGAGUUGGCCAUUUGGAAAGUCCAAUGGUUCACAUGCAUCUAUACAGAAGAACGUGUUGGUAGCGUACAUGUCAGCAUCUGCGAAUAAGCCAUACCAAGAGAGUCUUGGAAAUAAAGAAUUUGUGUAUAAUAAA